AUGUCAUCUUAUGCUGAUGCUGUUAAUAAAGUUAACAUAGCCACGACGACAGUUGUACUUUCAUUGGCCGUAGUCAACCUUGUAACAGGUGCGAUCGGUCUUGUACUAAAUGCUCUUGUGUUUACUCGACCAGCACUUCGAGGACAACCGUGUUCACUCUAUUUUCUCUCAUCAACCUAUGCUAAUAUGUUUGUUGUAUUCGUCAUCAUACCAGUACGGAUUGUGUCUGGUGCUUUUAAAUUUGAUCCGGCGAAUUUGCAUUUUACUAUAUGUAUGCUAUUAUUUUUUGUCGUUUGUCUACUAUGGAAAGCUCGUACAUGUUUAUCAGCAAAUAAAUUUGAUUUAAAUUCUUGGUUAAAACAAGUUAAUUUAUUUGAAGGAAAAGAGACCGAACGUAAUAGUGGAGGUUUAUCAACAUAUCUUGAAUUACCAACUGUGGAACCACAUGAUAAUCAAGUAGCAACAGUUUCAUGGAUUAUUGAUGCAUGUUGA